ACCUACCGGCCCACCUAUCAUUCUAUCUCCUGAACAGACUCUCAGCUACUCCUCUGCCUCUCUGUGGGUCUCUUUUUUUUUUACUUCUUUUCUGUCUUUUCCAUCCUCAUUUCCUACCUCUUUUUCUCUCCUGACACUUUUAUCUCUCUUUUUAAUUCUCUCGUCUAUUUCUGUCUCUUUAUCUUCCUCCCUCCCUCCCUCUCUAUCUCUCUUCCAGAUGUCAGGCUUCUUUUUGCUGUAUGUUAUACAUGCACAGCUUAUCCAUGCCCACACAAAUCCAACAGGAUUCCUUGAUUUUUCUAUCUGGAAGAGUAACAAAUAAAACAGAGGACAGAGGGAUAAAAUAUCAUAGUAUCAGGAGCAGUAACUCAGACGAUGUCCAGACUGUGAGGAAUAAACACAGGAACAACCCCGGCCUUGGAACAUGAUUGGCUGUAAAGGCCUGGAGGGGUGAGAACCUGAGAUUUGGCCGCUUCAAUGGCGUGGACCGAGCCACGGUCGCGUCCAGACCCAAAGCCCGAACCAAAACUGAAACCUUACAAUCUCAGGACUCAUGCAACUUUUUUAUCAGCCAUCCUUCAAAUCCAGCCUUCAGUUUUGUUGACCCUCCUUCUCCUGCUUGCUGCCUUUGCUGACCUUGGUAUUGCCGGUUCCCCCAGCCAGCUCCGCCCCCCUCUCCUGUCUGGACAACCUUUUAUCAUCUUUUGGGGCAUCCCUGACUCUUCCUGCUCAGGUCGGCCAGAUCCCAGAUCUUUUGGGAUGGAACGAGAGGGCCGCGUGGCAGUCUUUUACGAGGACACACUUGGGAACUACCCAUAUUUUGUGGACAAAGACACACCGGUCAAUGGGGGGCUACCACAACACACACGGCUGGACAACCACCUCCAAAAGACACAGCAGGACUUGGAGGCAGCUUUACCUGCCCCGAGGUACCUCGGGCUGGGGGUGCUGCGCUGGGCAGAGUGGGUCCCCCAGUGGUCAAGGAACCGAGAUAGGAAGGCCAUGUAUCUGGAGGCAUCAAGGAACUUGCUGAAGUCUUUCUUUCCUUCCUGGACCCCAGAAGAGGUGGAGAAGUGGUCACAGGUGGACUUUGAGGCAGCAGCCCAGUCAGUAAUGAUGGAGACUCUCCGGGAGGUGAAAAGGUUAAGACCCAAAGCAUUAUGGGGCGUCUCCCCUUACCCCAGCUGCUACAAUGGUGAUCCCACCCAAACCAUGUUAGCCAAUUACACCGGCCAGUGCCCUGCUGCAGAAAUGGCCCUUAACGACGAGCUUCUGUGGCUAUGGAAACGAUGCUCCGCCCUCUACCCUGUCCUUACCCUGGAGAAGCUGCAGGGUGGGACAGCUGGAGCCAUGCUUUAUUUGUCCAGUCAAAUCAGAGAAGCACUUCGCGUAUCAUCUCUGACUGGGAUGCCGUUUGAUCUUCCUGUAUUCCCACUGGUCAAGAGCGUCUACGCCUCCACUAAUACUUUCCUGUCUCAGGCAGACCUGGUGAGCACCAUAGGAGAGAGCGCUGCCAUGGGAACAGCCGGGGUUGUCAUCUGGGAGAGAAGUGAGACUAAGACAGAGAGAGAGUGUCAAGACCUGGCCGAGUUUGUCCGUAAGGUCCUGGGACCCUACACCACCAACGUAACCAUGGCAACUCGACUCUGCUCAGCCUCUCUGUGCCAGGGAAAGGGCCGAUGUGUCCGUCAAAAUCCAGAAAGCUCCGCCUAUCUCCACCUCCCAGCCCCAUCUGAAGUGGUGGAGAAGGUGACAGAAAAGCCAGAGGCAGCAAAAGCCACAGAUCAGCCGGACACAAUCACUAAGCCAGAUGAACCAGACCCUGCAGAGAUCUGGAAGAAGGACUUUCAGUGCCAGUGGUACAAGACUGCAGACGGGGAUGUCUCAGACCAGCAGUCCCCCAAAGAUGGAGCGUCUGUUGGGGGUACCGUAGAAGAAAACACUGGAGAUGUAAUGGGGACUACAACCCCUUCUUCGACAACAAAAGGUGCCUCUGUGACUGAGUUAAGAGGAAGCACCACACCUGCAGGUAGAAGUACAACGCCUUUACUGGAAGUCAUUACAGACGGUGGUUCAAAUCCACUCAGUGCUCCAAACCUGACUGUUCUGCUGUUGCUGGUGGCUGGAAGUCUAUGCCUGGAACCUUAAAACCAGCCUUCACUGGGAAGGUCUGGGCUACAACUGCAAUAUGAGCCCUUCUGAAGUGCCCUUGAGCAAGACACUAAAUCCCUGCCAGCUCUGGACAUGCUGCUUUAUAGCUGAACAACCUGAAUAGACAAUCAUUUAAAAAAAAAGACAAACAAACAACAAACUAUGUCCAGAAGCCUAUCACUGAAUGUGCCAAGAGACGGUGGUACAAACACUAGUCACUUUUUUCAGUUUCUACAGGCUGUAUUUUAUGUGACAUACUAGAUUUAGACUGACCUAUCGGUGUGCUGAUAUCAGCUUAUUGUCAUAUCAAAUCAGUCAUUCAACCUGACCACAGAUACAUGAAAGCAGUCUGUUACCUGCACUGAUGUUUCAUUUUCUUUGCACUUUUUGUUUAUACAUUUACUUGUCAAUGCUUUGUUAUGUGGAAAUUACUACUUCAUUUAAGGCCUAAUGUACUCAGGAGUUUCUCUUUCCUAUGAGUUGAUGUGCUGGGUUAAAGGGCCGAAGAGACAGAAUAAGACAGAAACAUAAAACCUGUUGUCAACAGAUUUAAUGGGGACUAUUUCUUCAGUAGUUUCAAUGAAAACUGUUGACAC